AUGACGGUCUUCAUCGCGUCUCUAGGCCACUCCUCCCCCCCCCCCAAUUCGGUCGCCGACACAGUCCCUCCUCUGCCCACCGCUGCGGCCAGUCUAUUUGAAAAGAACAAUCCCAAGACUCAACCAGGCCUCACGCCUGGUGCAACCACCGACCACGAGCGCAUCUUUGCCAAUACCCUUGCCAAGGCCGAGAAGGAGAGAUCUGGAUAUCCGUUUCCAUCGUCUGCCCUAGAGAACCAGCUUCUCACCGAGAGCGAAGCGCACUCCCCAGCAUGGGGUGCAACCACCUCUCUAAACCAGCCACUCAAGGCGCAGACCCUCAUUUCUCCAUCUCCGUCCAUUCUCAAGCAUCUGGAUCCCAUUAUUGCACCAAGCGAGAAGUCAGUGCCAGCUAAAAUCCCCGAGUCUGCGCCCGUGCCCCCACUCGGAGCCAAGAAACCUCAGAGCGGGGAUCGCAAGGUGUCGUUCUCGCGAGCUGAAUGGACAAUUGAGACCGCCGAGCAAGGAAAUGGUGGUUUGCGCAAUGCGGUUCGAUCAGCCAAGGAGUCGGGAUACCUGGGAGAUAUGAUGUGGGUUGGUACCCUGGGCAUGCCAACGGAUGCGCUGGUGAACUGGACGCGCAACGACAUUGCCGAGAGAUUGGAAGAUGAGUACAAUUCGUUGACCGUGUUUGUCAACGAUGGUGACUUUGAUGGUCACUACACCCAUUUCUGCAAGACCAUCCUUUGGCCCGUCUUCCACUAUCAGAUCCCAGACAACCCUAAGAGCAAGGCCUACGAGGAUCACUCAUGGAUCUACUACGUGAAACUCAAUCAAGCAUUUGCAGAGCGAAUUGCUAAGAAUUGGAAGCGCGGCGAUGCAAUCUGGGUCCAGGAUUACCACUUGCUGCUAGUCCCGGCCAUGCUCCGCAAGAUGCUGCCGGAUGCGCAGAUUGGCUUUUUCCUGCACAUUGCAUUCCCUUCCUCUGAAGUUUUCAAGUGCCUCGCACCCCGCAAGGAACUGUUGGAGGGAAUGCUGGGUGCCAAUCUGAUUGGUUUCCAGACUGGUGAAUAUUGCCGGCAUUUCUUGCAGACUUGCAGCCGCAUUCUGUGCGUCGAGGCUACGAAUGAAGGUAUCCAGAUGGAGGAUCGAUUUAUCAAUGUGGGCACGUUCCCGAUUGGUAUCGAUCCGACAUCGUGGGAUAAGCGCCGUAAGGCGGCAGAUGUCGAACGAUGGGUCGAUACAAUUUCCGAGCGGUAUCAUGACAAGCGACUGAUCGUCUCGCGAGACAAGAUCGACUCUGUUCGGGGUAUUCGUCAAAAGCUCUUGAGCUAUGAGCUGUUCCUCAACACCUACCCAGACAUGGCAGACAAAGUGGUUCUGAUUCAGGUUGCGACCAGUACCACUGAACAGCCUGAGCUGGAGGCAACCAUCUCUGAUAUUGCCAUGCGUAUUAAUUCCACUCACUCGACAUUGGCUCACCAGCCUCUGGUAUUCCUCAAGCAAGACUUGGCAUUCCCCCAAUACUUGGCCCUCAUCACGGUUGCCGAUGCUCUCAUGAUCACCAGUUUGCGCGAGGGCAUGAACUUGACCAGUCACGAGUUUGUGUAUUGUCAGGAUGGCAGUUAUGGGGACAAGAAAUACGGUUCCCUUAUUCUCAGUGAAUUCACCGGUAGUGCAUCCGUCUUCGGAAACCAUGCACUCUUGGUGAAUCCCUGGGACUACAGACAAUGCUCGGAGGCAAUCCACACCGCGCUUACUCGAGAUGAGAAAAAGCGCAAGGAAGUUUGGGAAGCUAUGCACCGCGCUGUGCUGCAAAACUCAACCGCCAACUGGGUCAAAUCAUUCAACGAGACACUCACGAAAGUAUGGAACGAGCAAUCAUCUCGGGAGAUCAUGGCCGUGCCACGCCUGUCGGUACCACGGCUCAUUGAUCAGUACCGACAGAGCAAGCGCCGACUCAUGAUCGUGGACUACGAGGGCACCCUCGCCUCAUGGGGAUCCCCACGCAGCAUCAUUCUGACUACCCCGCAGCGCGCCAUCACCACUCUUACCGAAUUGACCGACGACCCCAAUAACGUGGUCUAUGUGAUGAGUUCGCGCAUGCCAGAGGAAAUGGAACGGCUUUUCCGCCAGGUUAACAACCUUGGCCUAAUCGCCGAGAAUGGCUGCUUCGUGCGCGAGCCCAACGCAGAUGAAUGGACACAUCUCGCCGAUAAAGACCACAUCCAAAACUGGAAAUCCUCGGUUGCUCACAUCCUGUCUUACUUCAAGGAUCGCACGGAGGGUAGCUGGAUCGAGGUUCGCCACUGCUCGCUCGUUUUCCACUACGGCUCGGCCGAUGACCGCAGCGUCGCGGCACGCCUUGCCGCCGAGUGUGCAGAUCACAUCAACGAUGCGUGCAAGAACCAGGGUGUACAUGCUAUUCCUGUCGAGGGCGCUCUGAUCGUUGAAACAACCAGCACGAACAAGUCUUCGGCAGCGGAGCUGGUCUGGCGGUUGUGUCUAGAAGAUCCGGAGAAGAAGGACGCUGGUAAACCGGACUUUAUGUUGAUCAUCGGCGAUGACCGCGAAGACGAACCCGUGUUCCGUUGGGCGAAUAAGCUACAGAAAGCCAAGGCUGUUGACUACGCGAUGACCGUCACCUUGGGAUCACGCAGUACCGAGGCCCAAGCUACUUUGACUCAGGGAGUAACUGGUGUUCUCUCCUGCCUGCAGCGACUGGCAGCGCCAUCAGACAAAACAUCCGUUAGAGGAUAG